CCCGCGCCCCCCUUCCCACGCCCCCUCCGCGCGCGCCUCCCCGCCCGCCCUGCGCCGGCUCCGGAGUUGGGGGGAGCCCGGGGCCCCAUCGCGCGGGAGGAGGAGGAGGAGGCGUGCGCAGCGCAGGAGCUGACUGGGGCCGGGGGCGCCGUGGGUGAUGGAGCAGCCCGAGGACAUGGCGUCGCUGAGCGAGUUCGACUCCUUGGCAGGCAGCAUCCCGGCCACCAAGGUGGAGAUCACCGUGUCCUGCAGGAACCUCUUGGAUAAAGACAUGUUUUCCAAGUCUGACCCACUGUGUGUCAUGUACACUCAAGGCAUGGAGAACAAGCAGUGGCGGGAGUUUGGGCGCACAGAGGUCAUCGACAACACGCUGAACCCCGACUUUGUGCGCAAGUUCAUUGUUGACUACUUCUUCGAGGAAAAGCAGAACCUCCGCUUCGACCUGUAUGACGUGGACUCCAAGAGCCCCGAUUUAUCCAAACAUGAUUUCCUGGGCCAAGCCUUCUGCACCCUUGGAGAGAUUGUGGGGUCCUCGGGGAGCCGCCUGGAGAAGCCUCUCACCAUAGGAGCCUUCAGCCUGAACUCCAGGACGGGCAAACCCAUGCCAGCCGUAUCCAACGGAAGUGGUCUUUGGAUGGAAGGUUUGAGAACCGCUGGUCCGGAGGCUUCCGGUGGUGUCCCGGGGAAGAAAUGUGGCACCAUCAUCCUGUCGGCCGAGGAGCUCAGCAACUGUCGGGACGUGGCCACCAUGCAGUUCUGUGCCAACAAGCUGGACAAGAAGGACUUUUUCGGAAAGUCUGACCCCUUCUUGGUGUUCUACCGGAGCAACGAGGAUGGAACGUUCACUAUCUGCCACAAGACCGAGGUCAUGAAGAACACCCUGAACCCCGUGUGGCAGACCUUCUCCAUCCCCGUCAGGGCGCUCUGCAACGGUGACUAUGACCGGACCAUCAAGGUGGAGGUGUACGACUGGGAUCGUGAUGGCAGCCAUGACUUCAUUGGAGAGUUCACCACCAGCUACCGUGAGCUGGCACGUGGCCAGAGCCAGUUCAACAUCUAUGAGGUGAUUAACCCGAAAAAGAAGAUGAAGAAAAAGAAAUACGUGAAUUCUGGCACGGUCACCCUGCUGUCCUUCGCUGUGGAGUCCGAGUGCACCUUCCUUGACUACAUCAAAGGAGGGACCCAAAUUAACUUCACAGUGGCCAUCGACUUCACCGCCUCCAACGGGAACCCCUCGCAGUCCACGUCCCUGCACUACAUGAGCCCCUACCAGCUGAAUGCCUACGCGCUGGCGCUGACCGCCGUCGGGGAGAUUAUCCAGCACUAUGACAGCGAUAAGAUGUUCCCAGCCCUGGGCUUUGGGGCCAAGCUGCCCCCCGACGGCAGGGUGUCCCACGAGUUCCCGCUGAACGGCAACCAGGAGAACCCCUCGUGCUGCGGCAUCGACGGCAUCCUAGAAGCCUACCACCGCAGCCUGCGCACCGUGCAGCUCUACGGCCCCACCAACUUCGCGCCCGUGGUCACCCACGUGGCCAGGAACGCGGCGGCCGUGCAGGACGGCUCCCAGUACUCCGUGCUGCUCAUCAUCACCGACGGCGUCAUCUCCGACAUGGCGCAGACCAAGGAGGCCAUCGUCAACGCUGCCAAGCUCCCUAUGUCCAUCAUCAUCAUCGGUGUCGGCCAAGCGGAGUUUGACGCCAUGGUGGAGCUGGAUGGUGACGAUGUGCGGAUCUCCUCACGCGGGAAGCUGGCUGAGCGUGACAUCGUGCAGUUUGUGCCCUUCCGGGACUAUGUGGACCGCACAGGCAACCACGUGCUGAGCAUGGCCCGCCUGGCCCGUGACGUGCUGGCCGAGAUCCCGGACCAGCUGGUGUCCUACAUGAAGGCGCAGGGCAUCCGCCCCCGCCCCGCGCCCGCCGCACCUGCGCACUCGCCCCCUGGGUCUCCGGCCCACACGCCCCCUGCGUCGCCUCUAAAUGGCUGAGCUGAGCGCCUCGGCCUUUGGGACGUGUGCGUGCGGGGGGCGGGGCAGAGCCUCUGGAGGCUCCUCCCCAAUACCCCCCUCACUGGUGGCCCAAACCCAGGAAGUUGGGGUGCGCGCAUAACAGUAAUGCACAGUGCGCCCGGCCUGGGGUUCCCAGUCCAGCCGAGGUGUUCAUGGUGAUCGCUGGGUUGAGGAGCCUCGGCUGGGCCUCCUGCCCGCAACUCAUCAGCUGUCCUGUGUGCCCCAUUUCCUGUGAACCCCGAGACUGGCAGGGCUGCAGGGUGGAGGAGCGGGGAUGGCCCUCCCAGGGACACUUGUGUGUGCAGGGGGAGCCCCCAGAAGGCUGCAGCAUGGACCCAGCUCACGUGGUGGCCCAAGACCCUCUGGGAUUCCCAGGGGUGUCCGCUCACCCUCCCAUCCUGCCCGGGGCGCCCCGUCCUCUGCGCCCCUGUGGCCCCCGUGCUGUUCUUCCCCUUUGCAGGGACAGGGAACAGGAAACCUGGGUCCAGCUCCCUACCCUUGGGGUCCCCGGCAAGGCCUGUCCGCCUCUGCGCCUCCAUUUCCACCCCUUAGCACAGCGGCUCCAAUGGGCCGGCGGGCUCUCCUCCUGCGCAGGUGCUGAGGGUCCGCGCUCAGCUCCGCCCUCCCCAUCUCCCCACCUUGGCCCGCAGCCCCGCCGUCACCCCGUGCAUCCAGUCGCCUGAACACUCCUGUCCGGCUUCAGCCUGGGCUCCAGUGUCUGCGCAGUGGUGGUGGUGGGGGCGAGGGCAUCGCCCGGCCCUGCCACCUGCCCGGCCGCGCCUGCCAGUCCUGCAUGCCAGCCUCUGCACACGGCCCGCGCCCACGCCCGCGCCCGCGCCCUCCCGGCCCUGCAUGGCCGUGGUGGUGUUUCUGCUGUCUGGUCCUCGUGCCGUCCCGAGACAGUCUGUGUGGAAUCUGCCUUAAACUGAAGUAAACCUGGUUCUUUUCCUAGA